AUGAAAUACGAAAAAAGAUUAGAAGAAAUAAGAAAAGAAGUUAUAUGCACUUGUGUUGGUUGUGCGGCUGGUGCAGCUUGCAUAGUUUUGAGUGGUGGAGCAGCAACUCCUUUGGUGGCUGGUGCUCUGAUGGGAGCCGGUGGCUUAGGAGGUUUUUUUAUUGGUGAUAAGGCUGAUAAAGAAGAUACUGAGAGAGAAAAAACGCUCUUACAGGAUAAGCGUUAUAAGGAUGCGACUAAUGAAGUAGACAAGCAAGUUCAACAAAACAAUCAAGCCCAGGAUGCUAUAAACACAAUUGCCGGCAAAUUAAAUGGUAAUAUACCCCGACAAUCCCACGAAACUGAUGAAUAUUUAAGAAAUCAAUUAGUAAUCCAUCAGUCCCAGUUAGACAGUGGAAAAAAUAGACUAAGUGAUUUAAGGAAAGACAUGGAUAAGUUAAGAAAAGAACUAGGUGGAGGUGGUUCACUAAUGGGACUAUUAGGUUUAGAUAAAUUAUCUUUUACCGAUAAAGUAAUGAUUAUUGCAGCAAUAGUUCUGGUUAUCUGA